CUUGAUGUAAACUCACAGUCGACGUAUAGGUGGGUGGUCGACUACGGGAAGACCUACCUUGUCCGCCUAGUGAAUGCAGCCAUGAACGCAGAACUCUUCCUUGCCAUCGCAGAUCACAGCUUGACAGUAGUCGGGAUAGAUGGGAACUAUGUGAAACCCUUCGUGACAGGUUACAUCAUGAUUAGUCCAGGACAGACUAUGGAUGUCCUUCUCACAGCAAACCAGACUCUAGGCCAUUAUUAUAUCGUGGCACAUCAGUAUGACACGGCCCGACCUGACGUGACGGACUAUGAUCAAACGAACGCCUCUGCAAUUCUCAUUUAUAGCGGCAACUACACUGCCCCCGGUUCACCGAUAUACCCUUCACAGCUCCCUUAUUACGAGAGCCUGGUUGCUGCAGAUGCGUUCUUGGACAGGCUCAGAAGCUUGGCUGAUGAGCAACAUCCGGUUAAUGUGCCUGUGAACAUUACAACCCAAAUGUACAUCACAGUGUCCAUGAACCAGAUCCUCUGCCCCAACCAGACGUGUGCAGGGAUCAAUGGGAACCGGCUGGCUUCGAGUAUGAACAACAUAAGUUUCUUGAACCCAGACAUCGACGUACUUCAAGCUUACUAUGGGUGUGGUCUGACGAUAAUCUUCCUACCUUCCCACUAUUAAUUUCCUCUCUGUCGCUGUUUUUUUCGCUUUAUUUGGACUGCUAUGCCCAACUUGAGUGAUGAAUCCACUUAAACACAUAACAAUCACAGCUGUGUAUGUGGGGAAGAAGCUUAUAAUCGUUUAUAUGUGUUCCAGCAACUUGAGUGGCAUCUGCACGCCUGACUUUCCUGAUUGGCCGCCCGCGAUGUUCAACUUCACAGAGGAUGAUGCCCCAUUCAAUGUGACGGUACCGAUCCGGGCGACAAUGGUGAAAAUGCUGAACUACAAUGAAGAGGUGGAGAUUACAUUUCAAGGGACUGAAAUAUUAAACGCAUCAGAGAACCACCCGAUGCACCUGCAUGGCUACAGCUUCUAUGUGGUAGGGUCAGGCAUCGGUAACUUCAACAAUGUAACAGACCCUUUUAACAUAUAAUUUGGCUGAUCCAGUGCAGUUGACAACAAAUGGAGUUCCUAAGAGAGGAUGGGUUACCAUAAGAUUCAAAGCGAGU